CAGGGACGCCGCCCCACGGCCACCCCGGGGACGGCGUCGUCGCCCUCCGCGCGGGCGCCCCCCAGCGGUACGGCGGAGUGACGAAGGCGCCGCCAGAGGAGGCUGGCGGCACUGGCGGACGGGUUUCGCAGCAUCACGAAGGGGGCGCCCGCCGCUCCGAGCUGCUCUCGGACCGCCUCCUGCGCUUCCCCAUCGGCGACGGCCCCUGCAAGGGCGCGCCGCAGGACCCCGCGCCGGGGACCUGGCUGGACCAGUUCUUCCACGACGACACCGAGGAGGACCGGCGGCCCUCUCUGCUGCAGCCUGGCGGAGUCUUGGCGAUGUACCAGGGGCGCUUGUCGCACCCGAGGCUCGGCACCACCAUUCCCAUGCAGAUCGAGCUGUUCUGGGCCAGCGAUCGCGUGACUGGCACGUGGUUCAUGCUCCGUCGAUGCGUGGAUGCCGUCGCCGAGGCGACCAGCGAGUGGCCCCUGGUCGUGCGCUCCGUGGGCGGCGGCAGCGGCGCCACGCUGUGGGGGAAGGAUCCCGAGGUGUCGCCCAACCGGUUUGCUGGCGAGGUCUGCUUUGGCGGCGAUGCUGGCGGCACCUUCGAGCUCCUGCGGUGUCCGCGCGUCUCCCUGGCGCCGGGGGCCGACGUCUGCUGGGGCGCGCUCUGCGGCCGUGGGGGGCCGCCUGCCGCGGUGGUGCAGGAGACGGCCUUCGGUGUACUCUCCGGGGCCGCCGCCAAAGCAGGUGGUCGCUGCGAAGGCUGUCGGGCAGGGCGUCGCGAAGGUCGACGAGCAGGAUUGCCCGACGGCUCCCAGCUGAUCUUCACCACGGAGGCGCAGCUCGCCGAGGCCGUGGCCGAGGUGCUCAAGAUGCACCCGAACGGUCUUGACAUGGCGCAGCUCAAGCCGACCAUUCACAGGAUCGAGCACCGGCCUCUGGGUCUCCGAGGCGUUCCUCGGCUACAAGAAGCUCCUCAAUCUCAUCAGGUCUUCAACCAUGGCCCGUGCAUGCUGGACCGACCCAGCGCGUCGGCAGCUGCAACCGCGUCUUCGGGUACGCGGCGGCGGGCCAGGGCGCGAACUGCGGGCACGGCGCUCCCAGCCUCGGGGACCGACAAGAUGAAUACGUUCCCCUUCAAAGAGGAAUCCGAUCCCUACCUGGGCCCCGGCGUGCAGGAGGGCUGGCCGGGCGCCUCCGCGGCAGGCGGCCAGGCCAGGGGCGGAGCCCCGGGCUGCGCCGUCCUCUGCCUGUGAGCGGCUCGUGGGGGGGUGAGGGUUUCGUGGCCUCAUGACUGGGUGUCGUGACGCCCCCGUGGCCCAGACGUGGGGAGGUUCCACGGCUAGGCGUCGUGGAUUGUUUCAACCAGAUUUGCACGCAGUUUCAAGUGUCUCUGCGAGCUUAAGGAUGUGGAGCGGGGGAG